AAGACGCUGCACAUUGACAAAGGGUGCAUGUCUUGCUCAGACGAUCGAUAUCAAGAGUCCGUGAAAAAACAUUUUUUACUACUUGAAAGACUGGUUUCACUUCAAGUCGUCUAAGAAAGGAAAUAAAAAUGAAACACAGCAGACGUUAGAACCUUAGCAACCAAGACCAUGGCAACCAUGCCUAGAAAUGCAAGUGAUGGUUUCGAGCAGUGUUACUUCUUGACAUUCAACACGACAAAAAUCGACCAAGUUAGARAWGUCUACAUCGUUGCAGCGACGUUGGACGCCAUACUUAUUCUACCRACAAUUGCUCUGAAURUUUUGUUGAUUAUUUCCUUGUAUCGUUCGUCUGAGAUACGUAAACCAUCRACUAAACUUCUCUUCAGCCUGGCCUUGUCAGACGUCCUUGUUGGACUGAUGAUAGAGCCUACGUUGCUAGUGAAAAAAAUCGCAGAGUUACAGCACGACUUUAAUACRUAUUGCGCUACAGGUGUAAUUACUUAUGUAGCAGGAGGGGCUUUAGGGUGCAUCUCAUUUCUGACCCUCUCGGCCAUUGCAGUAGACAGGUACCUUGUGGUCCAUAAAGGGACCUUAUACCGAACCUGGGUCACUAAUAGAAGAGUGACCUUUCUAGUAGUCGUAAUAUGGGUCGGGGCUUGCAUAAUGUACAGCGGUCACUUUUAUAUAGCAAGAGCACUCUAUUUCACAUUUGCUGCAUGCAUUAUGGCAAUGUUCGUUGUCAUAGCAUCGAUAUGUUACGUCAAAUGUUUCCUUACCCUAAGAAAACAGGGGMRACUUAUACGGGAGCUAAGAGAAGGACCCGAAAAGGAAAAAGCAUCAAACACUUACAGGUACAAAAAAUCUAUGGACACCAUGUGCUAUGUGUUCCUUAUAUUCAUCCUUUGUUAUCUGCCAUAUAUUGGUCAGUCUGUUGUUACAGCAGUCAUUGGAGAAUCCGCAGCUGCUUGGGGAGCCGAGAGUAUUACUUCGAUUUUUAUUUUUGCCAAUUCUUUAAUAAAUCCCAUUAUUUUGUUCUGGAGAAUGAAGGAAAUCAGAAGAGCAAUGACCUCCACCGUAUCCGUGCUUAACGCAAGUACUCAGGCAAUCAUUUCCCCACAGAAAUCUAACCAAAUGAAUCAAUCUUUUGAAGUAUUUGRCAACAACUCGGAAAAGAUACAGAAUGGCAAUGUUUGUUCAAAUGAGGUGCAUCCCAGUUACAAUUAACAACAGAGUCAACUUUGAGUUUAAUGUUAUCAUAUGCGACAUUACUUUGAGCAAUAUUACUAAGUGAGACGAUAUUGGAACAUAUGUCCCUUUCUCGARCAAGUGAUAUACGAUAUGAGACAAGGCUAUACUAUAUUAACUUUCAGAGGUAUUUUAGAAGUUCCUCAGCUUGCUUGUUUGCCUAAAUUUAAACGACAAUAAAACAAAUUAGAUCAAAUUAGAAUUAACAAAUAAACUACUAUUACACAAAGGAAAAACUUUGACACUCUUYGUGUGCAUUAUUUGUACAAACAUAUCUAAUAAAACUCUACUCACUUCAAUAUCAUCAGUGGUAAUCUCUGGAUGAUUUGUAGCUUUUAACAGCCAAACCUUUGCCUCUUCGUACUUUUUCAAGCUAUAAUAUGUUUUGCCAAGCAU